ACCUAAAUCAAGAGGUGAUCCACAAUCAGAAAUUGAGAAGUUACUGCGUGGCAGAUUUUGGUCCUUCCAAAGAAUCCAAACCAAAAACACCAUUUUGCUCAAAUUCCACUGAUUACUGAAAACUCUUUCAUACAUAAAAAUCUUUUCAUCAUCUUCUUCUUAUCCGCCAUUUUUACUUCAAACUUAAGAAGUGAGCAAAAAAGCCAUUAAAGCUUAAAAAAUGAGAGCUGCAAUUGCUAAUCUUCAACAGCUUAAUUUUGAUUACAAGGGUGGUAAUAUUAUCAGUUCUACUGCACCAUCUCUAACCUUUGUUCCUCCUGUUAGUUCUUCUCAUCAUUCUGUUUCUAGAGUUGGAAUUACUUCUCAAAUAUGGAGCAAAAAGGAUUCAAGUUUGAAAAAGAUGUGGUGCAACAAGAAAUUGGGUUCUGGUAGAUAUGUGGUUACAAGAUGCAGUGGUACUUCCAGCUCCAAUGAUACUAUGGAACAAUCUUCUGGUCAAGCUAAGGCACCUUUUGGAUACACCAGGAAGGAUGUGCUGCUGAUUGGAUUAGGAGUAACAGUUUUUGGAGUAGGAUUGAAGAGCGGAUUGGAGUUUGUUGGAGUUGAUCCAUUACAAGCAGGAAAUGUUGUUCAGCUAGUGAUAGUCUUAGGCAUGACAGUUGGAUGGAUUUCAACAUAUAUGUUUCGGGUUGCAAGUAAAGACAUGACUUAUGCUCAUCAGUUGCGGGACUAUGAGAGUAAAGUAAUGGAGAAACGGUUGGAGGGUCUUACUGAAGCAGAACUUCAAGUUUUAAUUGAGCAAGUCGAGGAAGAGAAAAGAGUUGCAGCCAACAGUGAGCAGGUUAAUUAGCCAAAAACAUGGUUUUCAAUCAAAGUUACAUAUUUGUAAUUGAGAAGAAAAAAAAAAGUGUAUAGUAUAGCGUAUACAGGAGGCUUGUGGUUUUCUGCCUAUAUAAGUUGUACUCAAUCACAUCUCCUGCUAAGUGCUAAGGCCUCGGUUUGUACAUGAUCAGUCAGGCUGUAUCUUGUUCACAUAACUGGUGUAUUAUGUAAUCAGUUUAAACAUAGGAUAUUGCUUGGAAUAACUUGAUUGCUGACUUUACAGAGUACAAAAUCUUGGAAUCUUAUAAAA